AUGCCGAAAGCCAAAAAACAGCCUCGCCCAGUGGGCAAUCCCCCAUACUCUCGUCCAAACUCUGCAGCAAAAGAAGCAGCUUCGAAAACUGUCAACAAUGUCUUCCGCAUGAAUACAGAGCUUGGACAGCAUAUCCUGAAAAACCCAGGUGUGGCCCAGGCAAUCGUGGACAAGGCUGGCCUCAAGCAAUCUGAUGUAAUUUACCUGAUUGGAGAAAAAAAAAUCUCACUGGCUGCAACAGUUUACUAACCUUUGUAGGUUGUCCUAGAAGUUGGCCCGGGGACGGGAAACCUCACCGUCAAGAUUUUGGAGCACGCGCGGAAGGUUAUCGCGGUAGAGAUGGACCCCCGUAUGGCUGCGGAGCUCACCAAGCGCGUGCAAGGCAAACCGGAGCAAAAACGCCUAGAAAUCCUCCUGGGCGAUGUCAUAAAAACCGAACUCCCCUAUUUCGACGUUUGCAUAUCCAACACACCCUACCAGAUUUCCUCGCCGCUGGUGUUCAAGCUGCUCGCUCUAUCACCUGCCCCAAGGACUUGCGUCCUUAUGUUCCAACGGGAGUUCGCGAUGCGCGUAGUAGCACGUCCCGGCGAUGCGCUCUAUUGCCGGCUGAGCGUCAAUGCCCAGAUGUGGGCGAAAUGUACGCACAUCAUGAAGGUUGGGAAGAACAAUUUCAAGCCCCCGCCGCAGGUGGAGUCAUCGGUCAUCAGGAUUGAACCCAAAACCCCCAGACCGCCAAUUUCUUACGACGAAUGGGAUGGACUGUUGAGGAUUGUGUUUGUUAGGAAAAAUAAGACGAUUGCUGCGGGGUUCAAGUCCAGUGCCGUCAUGGCACUUGUGGAGAAGAACUACAGGACUUGGUGUGCAGCCAAUAAUGUCAAGCUGGAAGGUGAUGACGGCGAGGCUCAUCUGGUUGACAUAGGAGAUAAGGAUGAGAUGGAAGUCAGCGGGGAUGAGAUGGGUGAUGUCAAAGGAAUAAAGACCAAAGCAGGCAAGCGCAGUCGCUCCAAGGUUGGAGAAAAAGUGAAAGGGCUGGUUGAAACCGUGCUAUCGGAGACAGAGCUCAGAGAGAAACGGGCAGGAAAGUGCGAUGAGGCAGAUUUUCUCAGACUAUUGUAUGCUUUUAAUCAGCAGGGUAUUCACUUUAGCUAAGCGGACACCCCUGCAUACCCCGUUGAGUUUUUUUCUGUGUCGAUGGUAAUUUUCUCAGACUUAGUGUAAAGUCGAAUAAAAGUUUGUGGGAAUUCAUUACACCUGU